AUGUUGCUUCAACAACAAUAUCGUGAAAGGCAGUUUAAGAAAUACUCUGAGCUUAUCUCUUUCCUUCUAGUAGCUGAGCAGAAUAAUGAGUUAUUACUCAAGAACUAUCAAAGCCACACAGCGGGUUCAACAGUUUCUCCAGAGAUGAACGCUACAGAAAGUUGUGGCAAUGCUCCUGAAAGUCGUGGGAAAGGACACAGACGUUGGUUAGGUCCUGAAAAGCCCAACAGCAAGAAUAAGGUUGGUAAUAAUUCCCAUCAUCAGAAGAGGGAGAACAAUGUGUUCCCAAAACACAAAGGCAAAAGCUCUCAAAGCCAUUCAAAGCGCCAUGAAUCUGUCUAUCACCAUUGUGGUUCACCAGGGCAUUGGGCAAGUGUUUGCCGUACUGCAAGGCACCUUGUUUAUCUUUAUCAGGCGUCUAUUAAACAAAGCAAAAAGAAGGCUGAAACCAAUUUUGCACAAUAUGACAUACCAAUGGAUAUUGCCCAUCUUGAUAUUUCUGACUUCAAGAAUGAUGGAAAUGAGAUUGAAGACAUGGAUUCCUUCCUCAAGGAUAUCUGA